AUGGAGAAACAAGUAUCCAUCCUUCGACAACUCUACUCCCUCGUCGACCGUGGCGACAUCAUGCUGACUCCUGUUCUUAUAGCAUCCGCCUUGCAGCUUUUGCAUCCCACAAUGUCCAAAGCUUUGCACACGCGAAGCACAUACGAGACGAAUCCAUUGCGCCGAGUUUUACGUACCGUGGCUUUCAUCUUCAUCAUGAUUCGGUCUAACAGCUCCGAGAGACAGCAGGUCAUUUCCUGGCUGCAGAAGCUACACCGUUCGAUCCCGUUGUUCGUAUUCGAGACCAAUGUUCUUGUCUUCACCAUGCCGACCUACGGCUUGUAA